GAAACCCACAGGAGUGCAGCGGUGUUGCAGUCAGAUCGGUCCGGGUAAAGUGGGUCAAAGGUCCAGCAGACCGGAGUGGCUUCAGCUCUCGCAGAUAUCCGUCUCUCUCCCUUAGGAAAGACCGAGCAGACUGUAAACAUGUCCAAGCAGCCGCAGCCGAUCAGCCCGCUGAAGAACUUCUUCGCUGGAGGCUUUGGAGGGGUUUGCCUGGUCUUCGCCGGACACCCACUGGACACGAUCAAAGUGCGUUUACAAACGCAACCAAAACCCAAACCUGGAGAGAGCCUCCUGUAUGCUGGGACCUUAGACUGUUUUAAAAAAACUUUAGCCAAAGAGGGUAUUAAAGGACUCUAUAAAGGAAUGGCAGCCCCCAUAAUCGGAGUCACGCCCAUGUUUGCUGUCUGUUUCUUUGGGUUUGGGCUGGGAAAGAAACUGCAACAGAGAACUCCCGAUGAUAUCCUUACCUAUCCACAGCUGUUUGCUGCUGGGAUGUUGUCUGGCGUGUUCACCACAGCCAUCAUGGCUCCUGGAGAGCGCAUCAAAUGUCUCCUACAGAUUCAGGCUUCCACGGGGGAGGUGAAGUAUGCAGGACCCAUGGACUGCGUCAAACAGCUGUACAGAGAGUCUGGAAUCAGGGGAGUCUACAAAGGCACCGCUCUGACCCUCAUGAGAGAUGUUCCAGCCAGUGGGAUGUACUUCAUGUCUUAUGAGUGGUUGAAGAAUCUCCUCACACCUGCAGGAAAAAGGUUAAUUGUAGAGAUACCAGCUGGUUUGAAAGAGCUGCUGCAGGGAUACACGGUGGAAGUGCUUCGUCGCAGGCCUCCCAACUUGGCCGAGUUUGCCGUGCAGCAUUUUACACGUAUUCUGGAGAGCCAAAGAAAUGACCAGCAAGCCAAGAAACCCAACACUGAGUCUGUGCAGAAAGAAGUCACUUUUGAAUCAGACACAGAUGAACCCAACAAACAUGAGGAAGAGGAGGAGGAAGAGGAAGAGGAGGAACCGGUCCCCGUUAAGCGCCCCUCUGGAAAAACCAAUCGCAGAACUGCAGUUUGUGCAGAGGCGUACAACCCAGAUGAUGAUGAGGAUGAUGACACAGAGCCUCGGGUUGUGAAUCCCAAAACAGACGAGCAGCGUUGCCGGCUUCAGGACGCGUGCAGAGACAUUUUACUGUUCAAGACAUUAGAGCAGGAGCAGUUCUCUGAGGUUUUAGACGCCAUGUUUGAAGUGUUGGUCAAACCUCAGGAUCACAUCAUAGACCAAGGAGAUGAUGGGGACAAUUUCUACGUCAUAGAGAAAGGUGUCUACGAUAUUUUUGUACAGAAGGACGGUGUGAGCAUUUGUGUUGGAAAGUAUGACAACAAGGGUAGUUUUGGAGAGCUGGCUCUCAUGUACAACACGCCUCGAGCCGCCACAAUCGUGGCGACGCAGGACGGCGCCCUGUGGGGCCUGGAUCGAGCCACAUUUCACAGACUGAUUGUGAAAAAUAAUGCAAAGAAGAGAAGGAUGUAUGAGGCCUUCAUUGAAUGCGUUCCUCUUCUGAAGUCUCUUGAGGUUUCUGAGAGAAUGAAGAUUGUUGAUGUUCUGGGAGCUCGAGCAUUUAAAGAUGGAGACCGCAUAAUUACACAGGGUGACAAAGCUGAUUGUUUCUACAUUGUGGAAACAGGAGAAGUGAAGAUUAUGAUAAAAAGCAAAACAAAGGCAGGCCAGCAGGAUAACGCAGAAGUGGAGGUGGCUCGCUGCUCCAGAGGGCAGUACUUUGGGGAGCUGGCGCUGGUCACCAACAAACCUCGUGCAGCAACAGUUUACGCUGUGGGAGAAACCAAAUGUUUAGUAAUUGACAUCCAGGCUUUUGAGCGUUUGCUGGGUCCCUGCAUUGACAUCAUGAAGAGAAACAUCUCCCAGUAUGAAGACCAGCUGGUGGCGCUGUUUGGCUCCAGUGAUGAUUUGAAACAAUAGUACACAUUUAAAGGUGCCAGUGUUUUAUAAAUCAAAAAUAGAACCAGUGCAUGUGAUACUUUUAUCUUCCCCUCGAGGUAAAUAUGGCCGCCUCAAUUUGAAGUCAUGUUUUGUUUUUGUUUUUUAAUGUGUUCAAGUUUAAGAUUCACCAUUUUUCAUGUGUGUUGAUCUCAAUACUUGUCCAAACAAAAUUUGAUGGAUAAAAUAAGUCAAGAUUCAGUCAACUGACUCACGAACAACCCGUCAGACUGCAGCCUGGCUGGCGGAUCAUCUCUGUGUUGGUCUGAUUGACAUGACCAUACAGGACACGUCCCAGUAAGGAAACGCAUGUAAAUAAGUACCUGAAGGUAAAUUCACUGCUUUCUGAACCACUCUUGAUGUUAUUAGUAACACUGUGUAUUUGCUAUGCCACAAUAUAAUAUUAAAAAGAUGGGAAAACUU